CCAAGAAAACCGAAGAAGCAUCCGUGUGCAUAGCACGCCGCACAAAGGGCAGCACAUUUGUGCAGCGCAGCCUCGCCUCUUCCUCCCCUCGUCUAAAGCAGAGGGGCAGAGCAGGCCGCGCCGCUGUCGUCUCCCACUCUCCGUCGCCGUCACCGUUGCCCUCUCCUCCUCAUCUGCCUCCGCCCUCUCCAGUGCUCGCCUCCUCCUCCGCCGUCGCCGUCGCCGUUGCGGUCUCCUCCGCGGCUCCGCCUCCGCCCUUCCUCGUGUGCUUGCCUGCUCCUUGGCCGUCGCCCUCUCCUCCGUGGCUCAACCUCCGUUCUUCCUCGUGCUCCCCCUCGCCCUCUUUACCGCAGAGAGAGAGAGAGAGAAAGAGAGGGUCAGAGGCGGCGCGUCUACUCAGAUCAACAAUGGUGCUUGAUGUCUUGCUGUGACCGGAGGACGGAGGUUGAGGGGGGUGUGUUCAAUAAUAAACAAAUGGACUGGACUAGCGAUAACGAUGAUAGUGAUAAGUUUGAGUGGGAAAGUGAUGGUGAGGCUGAACCCUCAUCGGCUCCGGCCUUCAGGAACUUGGAUGCCGCUGGUCCUUCCACGCUGGAUUCUAAUGGGUGGGCCAACGAGGAAGCACCACCCACUUCGUUAGUCGAGGGAUAUGUGUUAAUGGGUUUCCCGAAAGAGAUGGUCUUGAAGGGAAUUAAGGAGAUUGGGCACAGUGAUGCAAAUGCAUUGCUGGAACUACUUCUCACAUAUAAGACACUGGGUGAUGAUGCUGCAGCGGGUAAUUGCUCUACUUCUGGUUGCUUCCCCCAGAGUGUUGAAGAUGAUGAUGAUUUUGAUUUUGAAAACUGGGAUGGAGACGAUGAUGCUGAUGGGAGAGAGCCCAACCCUGAUAGUUCUGGUGAUGAGGAUUUCCUAAGAGAGAUGUCAGAGAAGGACAACAAGAUCAAGUCCUUAGUAGACAUGGGCUUUCCUGAAGAUGAAGCAAAUAUGGCUAUUACCAGAUGUGGUGUGGAUGCCGCUCUCACUGUAUUAGUUGAUUCAGUCUAUGCAUCACAGGCUGCAGGAGAUUGUCAUUAUGGGAACUUGUCUGACUAUGAGGUUACUGGUAGCUGCUUUGAUUCUUUGGGAGGGAGAAAGAGAGCAAGAUUGAUGGAAGGGAGCAAGAAAAGGCGGAAGCGGUAUGGAGGUGCAGCACAAGGAAAUCGACGGCCCUUGGAUGGUAGCCAUGAAGAACCAAUGCCUCUCCCAAAUCCAAUGAUUGGAUUUAACCUGCCUAAUGAUAGGCUACGAUCAGUGACCAGACGGCUUCCUCAACAAGCUAUCGGGCCACCUUUCUUCUACUAUGAAAAUGUGGCACUAGCUCCAAAAGGUGUAUGGGCGACAAUUUCAAGAUUCCUGUAUGACAUUGAGCCAGAGUUUGUGGAUUCUAAGCACUUGUGUGCAGCUGCUAGAAAAAGAGGCUAUAUCCAUAAUUUGCCAAUUGAGAACAGAUUUCCUCUCCUGCCUCUCCCUCCAAAGACUAUAUUUGAGGCUUUUCCUCAUUACAAGAAGUGGUGGCCUUCUUGGGAUCCGAGAAGGCAACUCAAUUGUUUGCAGACAAGCAUGUCAAGUGCGAAAUUGACAGAAAGAAUCCAAUGUGCUCUUGCAAGCUCAGGCAAUCCACCACCUAAAAGUGUUCAAAAGUAUGUCAUGGAUGAGUGCAGAAAAUGGAAUCUUGUCUGGGUUGGGAAGAACAAAGUUGCUCAUUUGGAACCGGAUGAGGUAGAAUACCUGCUUGGUUUUCCAAGGGACCACACAAGGGGAGUUGGCAAAACAGAGAGGUUCAAAUCUCUUGGCAAUUCGUUCCAAGUAGAUACCGUUGCUUAUCACCUGUCAGUGCUGAAGGACAUGUAUCCCAAUGGUGUUAAUGUGCUAUCUUUAUUCACUGGUAUUGGAGGAGGAGAGGUAGCACUGCACAGGCUUGGGAUCCACAUGAAGACAGUAGUUUCUGUUGAGAUAGGCGAAGUUAAUAGGAGGAUUUUGAGGGGUUGGUGGGAUCAGACUCAAACUGGCACAUUAAUUGAGAUUGCUGAUGUAAAAUCUCUUACUGACGAUAGAAUUGCAACGUUUGUUAGAAGAUUUGGCGGCUUUGACUUGGUGAUUGGGGGCAGCCCAUGUAACAACCUUGCCGGCAGCAACAGGCACCAUCGUGAUGGCUUGGAGGGCGAGCAAUCUGCUUUGUUCUACCAUUACUUCAGAAUCGUGGAUGCUGUAAAGUCGGCUAUGGGGCGGAUGUAGCCUAAUCAUUUUAGUUAAUGUUUUAUCAUUCCAUGCUUAUCUGUAGGAACCACAACUUCAUCUGUGUUAAACGUUGAGUUGAUGUGAAGGAUGUUUAUUUCUGAGAAA